UAAGUUCUGGGAAGUUGGCUUGGCCAUACAAAAAUGUAGAAAAAGUCGGGAAUUCCACUUUCUGGGAUUUGGCUGUAUUUGUGCAUCAAAAUAACUCUGAAUUCUAGAAAGAUUUCUGAAGAAACAAGUCCUCUUAUUGCAUCUGAAUGUGUGGGCAGAUUUGAUGGACAUUUAGCCUUUAAUGGUCAAUAUUUAUCCUUCUUGAGAAUUAACACUGAUAAGCCAAGAAAGUCUGUGAUAUCUUUUGUUGAGUCAACUUCUGGGACUUGCAUAAAUCUGAGAGAUUUCAACAAAGAUGACUCUGUCAAUUCACUCAAAACCUCGAAGACGAUGUAGAAGGCUGACAAGAACAACAAGAAAUGAUACAAGGAGCAGGCGACUAGACAGAUGCACAUCGCCUCUCAAUGGUAUCACCAAUGGUCAAGCUAGCCAGAGUACACCCAGUGGACGGAAUAUUUAUCGUCGUCAGUUUGUAAAGCAAAAUAGAAUUAAACGUGAAAGCACAUCUUCAGACGACAGCUGUUGUACCAAAGAGGAAUUCUAUGCUGGCAGGGCUCGUUGUCGUAACCCAAUGGAGCGAGAGAGAAUGCGACCAUGGCUCAUUAGAAUAGUGGACAGUGGAAAUAUGCCUGGAGUAAAAUGGGUUGAUAGUGCAAAAACUAAGAUCAGGAUUUCCUGGAUUCAUGCUGCUAGACAUGGUUAUGAACCACCAAAGGAAAAUAUUUUCAAAGCAUGGGCAAUUCAUUCAGGAAAAUAUGACCCUCAGGACCAAGAUCCCAAAAAGUGGAAAGCAAACUUUAGGUGUGCGAUCAACACCCUCCCAGAUGUCAAGUUGAGUUUGACAGAGAGUCAGAAAAGGGGGAAAGAUGCCUUUAAAGUAUAUGAACUUAAACCAGAGAAAGCGAGAAAAAGGAAAACAAAAACUCCAGCAUUAUCAACCAGUUUGCCCGCUGAUUUAAGUAAUGCUCAACAUGGAGACGAAGCACCAAGAUACCAUCAAGCCAGAACACAACCAUACAACAAUCAGAGAAGGGCUUCAUCAAAGACUGUUACAUUGGAAGAUAAGAAAAGGAUGCUGCAAGAGGCCAAAAAGAGAACAUCUGACCCUAUCUCCAUUCCAAACGCAAAGAACAACAUUAAACAAGAAGCAGAAGUGCUGUAUUCAAAUGAAAUAGGUGACUACUGGAAGGAUAUGUUCAGCUCCACCAUGAGCUCAACCUUCAAAGGGAUCCAUUCAGGCUGCCAGAUGACCAUAAGAGAUAUAGCUUUAGAGCAAUAUAUGAUGUCUCCUUUUAAUGAAGAUAUGGACGGCCAAUCAGAUACAAGUAGUGUUAUGCUCCAUAGCCCCAGUUCAAGUUCAAGGAGACCUAGUAUAAGUGGAGAGUCUGAUAAUAGUGAUAGAGGCAAUAAUGAAGAUGAUCUUAUUGUUGAGUUGGUUGAUAGAAUGAGAAGGGAUUCUGAGACAGGGUCACCUACGAGGAGUUUAACAUCCCCACCUUUACAGAGUGCCCACCUGCAGUUCUCAGAGUAUUCUAGAGGCAGUGAUGACAGCCCACCAAUAAUUCAAGAAGGCCCCAACAAUUACCCAAUGCCAAAUCUUUACCAAAAUGGACCCCUGGAUCCAUUCCCUCAACAUCAUAGUGCACCAAAUUUUUCAUCACAAAAGAUGACAAAUAUGUUUGAUGCUUUUCCGGACUUCUCCAACACACCGGAAAUUCCAGUAACAGUUGAUUUGCUUAAUCCAGUUGAAACAACACAUGUAACUAUGGAGGACCAUACAUAUACCAAUCUUGCACCAGUAACCACACAAACAAUGGCAGGACUUCAGCCAAUGGCACAACAUUACACAAACUCAAUACAAGUGCAAGAAGGGCCUAGGGUCAUGGCAGAGACUAUACCAUCACCACGGGAUCAUUUUUUAGCUGCAAUGCAGGUCGAUGACAAUACUACAUGGUCUUAUCAAGACAAUCAACAGGACUCUAUUGCAAAACAUACUUGAGAAUCUGAAAGUCUAGCAUUUCUUCCAAUUUUUAGAGGAAAUAUUACACAAUUUAAUUUUCUAUAAAAUAAAAAUGUAAAAUACAAGAGCAAAAAGCAAUUGCAUACUCAAAAUGUGUAAAAAUUCAGGAAAUUAUACAGUUUCUCCAUGCAAAUCAAAAAUAUAGAAAAGCAGAUUGAGAAAAGCCAAGCCUUAUAUUGAUAAUUGGAUCUCUCCACUAUAAGUAAACUUCUCAACUGUGAUAGGAAGAUGUGAACAAAGGGGAAUGGGUCUCAUAUAUAAUAGACCUAUUUUGAGUUCAAUGGAAAAAAUAUUAAUUAGCGAUAGAGAUACUUACUUCAGCUAUGUACAUGUGUUCAUUGUUCAAUCAACAAAUACAUUUAUAUAAAGUGGGUCGAGUAAAUGCUGAAGUGCAAUUUUACUACUGAAUGAGAU